AUGGUUCUGUCACUAGCCACAAGGAUACGCGUAGUCGAUGUCUUUGCAACUUAUGCGUCGACUAAAUGGUGGAUUUCGCCGUGGAUGCUUUACAGGAAACUUAGGGCUAACGGGUUUUCAGGGCCGAAUCCUAGUUUCCCUUUAGGGAAUUUAAAUCAAAUCAAGUAUCAAAAAUCAGAUACGGACAUUUCCUCGUCUUCAUCGGUUCUUACCGGAAUAUCGAAUGAUUUGCACUCGACUUUGUUCCCUUACUUUGCCUCAUGGCAAAAAUCAUAUGGAAAAAUAUUCGUCUUUUGGGUGGGAACCGCGCCAUUUCUGUAUGGCGCCGAUCCCGAAUUCCUCAAGCAAAUGUCCGGAGACAUCAAAGGGAAGGAAUGGGGCAAAGCCGACAUUUUCAAGCGCGAUCGAAUGGCAAUAUUCGCGAAAAGCCUCGUCGCCAACGAGGGCGACGAAUGGGCUCGCCGCAAGCACUUCAUCACUCCGGCAUUCUCAACGACGUCUUUGAAAGCAACGGCCGCGUUGGGGCUGGAGGCCGCAAAAACCAUGGCGCGUCAAUGGUCAGCCCUUAUAAACUCCGGCCACCACAAAAUCGACGUCGAGGCCCAGAUCAUCCCCUUGCUCGGCGGAGUCGCGGCGAAGAUGAUCUGCGGCAUGAGUGUCGAGAACGGAAAAUUGAUGAUAGAGAAACUCCAGGCUCUACAACAUGUCCUCUUCGCGGAUCUUGGCCAUGUCGGCGUGCCGUACGGAAAGCUCUUGAGCCCAAUUCGAACAAUGCGAGCGAGAAAAUUGGGGAAGGAAAUCGACGAAAUUCUAUACUCGGUGAUUAAGGAGAGGAUUUUGGGACGAGGGAAGGGGAACGGCACGGACUUUCUCGCAGCGCUGAUGGCGGAGGAUGGAGGCAGAGUAAGGCCGUUGGCGGCGGAGGAAUUGGUCGAAGAAUGCAAGGCGAUGUUCUUCGCGGUUUUUGAGACGACAGGGGUGGCGCUGUCGUGGGGGUUGCUGCAGCUUGCGGCUCAUCCAACAUGGCAAAUUGAGCUAAGGAAGGAGAUUAGAGAAGGCGUUGGAGAUCGGGAGAUUGGCGACGUUUCCAUCUUGCAUGGACUCAAGAAGAUGGGAUGGGUGAUAAACGAAGUAAUACGAUUGUACGGUACGGUUCCGAAUGUACAAAGGCAAGCGAGGCACGACAUUCAAGUCGGCCACACGGUGAUCCCGAGCGGAACAAACAUAUGGAUCGACCUUGUGUCAAUGCACCACGACCGCAGCCUUUGGGGCGAAGACGCGAACGAGUUCAAGCCAGAGAGAUUCGAGAAUGACGUAUACGGAGGGUGUAGCCACAAGAUGGGGUAUUUACCGUUCGGAUUUGGAGGAAGAAUGUGUGUUGGUAAAAAUUUAACGGCUCUUCAAUAUAAAGCCGUGCUCGCCGUAAUAUUGUCCAAGUUCUCGGUUUCCCUUUCGCCUAAAUAUCGUCAUUCUCCUGUUAUAAUUCUCGCACUUAGGCCCGAACAUGGCAUCCCUCUCAUCUUAAAAAAUCUCUAA